AUGUCAUAUAAGGAUGACAUGAUGUUCUGGAGACACAUAGUCAAAGAAGAUGGAACGCUUGAACAUUUGUUUUGGUGUGACGGUAUAGGAUGCACAAACUACUCUAUUUUUGGAGAUGUCUUGGCUUUCGAUGCCACAUAUAGGAAAAUAAGAUACAAUACCCCGCUAGUGAUGUUUUCUGGAGUCAAUCAUCACAAUCAGAAUAUAAUAUUCGCAAGUGCAACUGUUGGUGAUGAAAUCGAAGAAAGUUAUGUUUGGCUUUUGGAAACAUUUUUGGAAGCUAUGGGCGGAAAGUAUCAUGUAUACGUUAUAACCGACAGUGAUUUGGCCAUGAGGAAUGCAAUAAAAAAGGUAUUUCCUAAUGCUCACCAUAGUUUAUGUGCCUGA